AAAUUUCUCUACAGGGCUUCCUCCUCCGCCCCUUGAAGUCGCGUUUGCAAUAUGACGUAGUCUCCUUAUCGUUCGCUAUUGGGCUAUUGUGCUGAUGAGGGCGGAGAUUGCCCGUGAUUGACACGUUACGGUGCUGGCGCGAGUCUGGGCGGAUAAGAGCUGGUGAGGACAUUUUUCAGACGUGAAAGUUAUGUCAGACUGGGUAUCAUACUAUAAAAAUGAAGAUGGUGAAGAAGAGGAGGAACAAGAUGAAGACGUUGAAAUCAUUGGAGAAUAUAAAUAUUCAGGUCGGGAUACCUUAGUUUUCUUAGUGGAUGCCUCAAAAGCCAUGUUGGAGUCCUGUGAUGACAAUUUUGCUCCUUUUGAUAUGACGAUCCAGUGCAUUCAAAAUGUAUACACAAACAAGAUCAUCAGCCAUGACAGAGAUCUCAUUGGUGUGGUGUUUUAUGGCACUGAGAAACACAAAAAUUCAGUGGAUUUUAAGCACAUUUAUGUUCUCCAGGAUUUGGACAAUCCAGGGGCAAAACGAGUGCUAGAACUGGGCAAGUACAAGGGGGAGCAAGGAAAAAUACUCUUCCAGAAGUCCUUUGGUCAUAGUGCAGACUACUCAUUGGGUGAGGCACUCUGGGUUUGCUCCAAUCUCUUCAGUGAUGUCCGCCUCAAGAUGAGUCACAAGAGGAUCAUGCUAUUCACCAAUGAAGACAACCCGCAUGGUCAAGACAGCGUUAAAGCCAAAUUUGCUAGGACUAAAGCUUCUGACCUCCGAGAAACAGGUAUUUACCUUGAUUUGAUGCACCUGAAGAAGCCUGGGGGAUUUGAUAUAUCCUUGUUCUACAGGGACAUCAUUAACACAGCAGAAGAUGAGGAUUUAGGAGUACAAUUUGAUGAGUCUGGCAAGUUAGAAGACCUCAUGAAGAAAGUACGAGCUAAGGAGACCAGGAAGCGGGCUUUAGCCCGGUUGAAUUUAUAUCUGGGAAAAGAUAUGGCUCUUACUGUUGGCAUUUUCAACCUAGUUCAGAAAGCUUGCAAACAGCCUCCAGUGAAACUUUACAGAGAAACCAAUGAGCCCUUGAAAACAAAAACACGAACCUUUAACCGGGAGACAGGUAGUUUGCUUCUUCCUAGUGACACCAAAAGGGCGCAGACCUAUGGGAACCGUCAGAUUGUGCUGGAGAAAGAGGAGACAGAAGAAGCAAAGAGAUUUGGUUCGCCAGGCUUGUAUCUGAUUGGCUUCAAACCCUUGGUAAUGUUGAAACGACACCACCACAUCAGGCCUGCCCAGUUCAUCUAUCCUGAUGAGUCCUUGAUCAGUGGAAGCACUACACUAUUUAGUGCCUUACUUACAAAGUGUCUGGAGAAAGAAGUGAUGGCCAUAUGUAAGUACAUCCCCCGUCGAAACACUCCUCCCAAGUUCAUAGCCCUAGUUCCUCAGGAAGAAGAGCUGGAUGAACAGAAUGUGCAGAUUGCUCCCUCAGGGUUUCAUCUGAUUUUCCUACCGUAUGCAGAUGACAAACGGAAAAUUGACUGUACAGAGAAGGUCUCAGCUAAUCAAGAACAGGUGGACAAAAUGAAAGAAAUAGUCCAGAAGCUUCGGUUCAAAUACAGGAGUGACAGUUUUGAGAAUCCAGUUCUACAACAGCACUAUAUGAACCUGGAAGCUUUGGCAUUGGACCUGAUGGAACCAGAAAAGGCUGAGGAUCUGACAAUGCCAAAGGCUGAGGUGAUGGAUUCCAGACUGGGUAAUCUUGUGGAUGAGUUCAAGCAACUGGUUUACCCACCUGGCUAUGAUCCUGAAGGGAAACCUACAAAGCGAAAGCAAGCAGGGAAUGGUACAGGAACACCAGAAAAGAAAGCCAAGGUCGAAAUAUCCGAGGAGGAGCUGAGGAAUCAUGUUAAAAAAGGCACUUUGGGCAAGCUCACUGUAGCAGUUCUGAAGGACGUAUGCCAGAUUUACAAACUGAAAGGGGGUGGAAAGAAGCAAGAGCUCCUAGAUGUGGUGACCAAACACUUCAGUAAACACUGAGACCAAUACAGCCAGUGACCCGUUCUCUUGAUCUUGUCCCUAAAUCCAAUUUACAUUUUGAUGAGGGAGAGUGUACCUUUGUAUUCAUUAGAUCAAAGGGACUGAGAAUGUGUUUUUCCUCUAGAGCGUGCUAAAGCCGAUUUGCUAGAAAAAUACCGUUAACAGUUCUGCUUCAAGACUUUAAUACAAAUGUGUGCCUUUCUAGUAUCUGAAUAAAUAUUUUUUUGUAA